UUCCAGCGACGAAAACCAGUGAGAAGUCGGUCAGGUCGGCGUCUCUCAGUGUCUGUUGUACUAUAUGCCAAAACCAGAACUCCACGAACAGGGGUUUCAACUUGUGUAUGUGGACAAAACCUUGGUUGACACCGCCUACUGCGCAUAUAGACGUUGGGAAGGGCCGUAAUGGAUGAUACCAUUCCAACUCAUAACAAGACCAGCGACGUAAUGUGGUUGACGCUGGCUGCAAGGAUAGGCUCGCAGUUGAGUGAGACUUGUAUACAGUAAGAUAAACACUAACAGAGCAUCCCGGUCAAAUGGCGGCUGCCGUCAUGUCAUGAAUAGUGGAAAAUUUACAAUAUGGGUGGAUGGACAGUUGUUUCCUCUUGACUUCGAGUCUCAUUCUGGAUGAUGCAAUUUUCCAUUCGAAGUCGUCCUACAAAUGUCUGACAAGAAUUCCAAUAACAUCGGAUAUUCAUAUAAAUGUGAUGUUUUAUCGCAGUAUACGGAUCCGCACUGCGAUGGCAAACAGGUGAUAGUCGAGCUAUUCGAGUGGAAAUGGACUGCUAUAGCAAAUGAAUGUGACUUCCUUUCCAAGAAAGGUUUCUGCGGUGUUCAAGUGUCGCCUGCUAACGAGCACGUGAUGGUGACGUCACCGCCCCGUCCCUGGUGGGAACGCUACCAGCCGGUGAGUUACAAGCUGAACAGCCGCAGUGGAACCGAGGCGGAGUUUGCAGAUAUGGUCAGCAGGUGCAAGGCGCGCCGAGUCAGAAUUUAUGUCGACGUGGUUCUUAACAACAUGGCUGCUCUAGGACAAAAUGGAAACGGGACCGCUGGAAGUGAUUUCGAAUCUGGCACGCGUUGGUUCCCGGCUGUGCCUUACACCGAUAAGGAUUUUAAUAAACCAUGUUCGGUCAAUGCGUCCAGCGAAGUUCGUAUCAUACGAGAUUGUUACCUUAAUGGCCUAACUGACCUUAAUCAGACGUCUUAUAAUGUCCAAAACAGAACCGUAGCGUUUCUCAACUCUCUUAUUGAUCAUGGCGUUGCAGGUUUUCGAAUUGCCGCUGCUACGUAUAUGUGGCCUAACGACUUACAAGCCAUCCAGCGGCAAGUUAAGGACCUGCCCGAAGGAGGACGGCCAUUUUUUUAUUUCGAGGUCAAUGAUACAGACAACGAAACCGUUACAACGCAAGAAUACACGUCUCUUGGCUACGUCACGGAGUUUCGGUAUUGUACAGAUAUAAAACAGGGAAUUGAGAGCUUUGAAAGACUCGGGAAAACGACAAACUACGUCAGAAAUAUAACCGAUCCUGACCACGCAUUCGUGUACGUUGAUGACCAUAAUAGCCAGAGAAAUCACGGAAGUGGUGGCACAGUCCUCACCUUUGAAAAUCAAAUAAACUACAAGUUGGCAGUUGCGUUCACUUUAGCGAAUGACUAUGGUUUCCCUCGAGUAAUGAGUAGCUACUAUUUCGGAGAUAAUAACGAUCUUGGUCCACCUCAUUAUGCCAAUUUCACUACAAAAGGUGUUCCAUUUAAAGCUGACGAGUCCUGUGGCUUCGAUUGGGUAUGUGAACAUCGCUGGAAGUCGAUAGCCAACAUGGUUGCUUUCCGGAACACUGUUGUCGGUACGAACAAGGAAAAUAACUUUCAUACCAGUGACCAGGUGGCAUUUUCUCGCGGUCACAAAGGUUUCUUUGCCAUGGCCAAGAACGGCACCAUGAAUGCUACACUUCAGACUGGUCUGCCAGCCGGGCAUUACCGUGACCUAAUUAACGGCAGAGUUGUGACAGUUGACGAUAAUGGCAUGGCUCAAAUUGUGAUCGAUAAUCCUGAGGAGCCAGUGCUAGCCAUAAGUGUUGAUUCAAGAAUUAAUUACUCAUCUUCGCAUUACCCUUCUGGAACAUCUGCAGGACCAUCUAGUACAUCUACAAUACUAGCAAGUACAGCUGCAAUAACAUUAAUUACCACUGGAGGCCUACACAGUUCCACUGCAAGACCAUCUAGUACCACUUAUGGACUAGCAAGUACAACUGCAGGACUGACCAUGUCAAGAACCGUGAUCCUUAUCGAGAAGCUAACCAAUAAUGGACAGGACCUGUUCAUUCGCGGCGGUUUGGAUGUUGCAUCUCAUAGAGGAUGCGGUACAAAUAUCACGGCAUGUGAAAUUCCAAUCAGCCACCGACCAAUUGGAAAUAGUUCUCACUAUGAAAAGUACAACGCGUGGAGCGUGGGCGACAGGUUCCUAGAUUGGAACACAACAGCCGAGUCCGGACAAAAAGCCGAUGCUCAGGGAACACCAGCUGUGUGGACCACUAAUGAUAUUCAACACCUCGGUCACAGCUCAUUGAAUCAAUAUGCGCCGCAUUACUGGUUGGUCGAUAUAGACAUGGACUGCAGUAGAACACAGAACGGAUGGUUCGAGUUUAAAGCCUUUAUCAACGGACAGUGGGAGCAUAACAUCAAAAGCGAUGCUUGCAUCGGAAGUGGUGCCGGUACUCCGCCUGGGAGCACACCAAACCACUGGGCAAAGUGCGGAAUGUUUAACAUUUAUCAUUAUGAAAAAAACUCGUGUGAAAUUAAAAACAUACCAUAAAUAUAAUAUAUCAAUAAAUUAUAUCAGAUUAAUUGCCUCCUUUGGGCUCGUUACCACAUCAACGUUUAUAAAUAUAAAAAAAACACACACUGUGCCAUUCACCGUUCUUAAAUAAAAUGUAAUCCAUUCUAUAAUUCUUUUAGGUAAAAAAAUAAAGGCAUAUUUUUUCGAAAUAAGUCCUCACCAUGCUUGUCACUUAUGUCAUUUGAUUUGAAAAUCCAUUUAUGAUGGACAUAUUUAUACUCCAGAAAAAAAAAGAGCUUGAAUCCUAUAUCUUAUCUUAAAUUGUGACAAUGACCUUUGAUAUAUGGUCAAUAACGUGCCGUCUUAUAUUCCAUUCAUAAAGACGAUCACCAUCUCCUUGUUUUGUAAAAAUCUAUAAAUAUUGUAUAGGUUAAAUUCUAUAAAACUUUGAAUUUUCGCUUUAAAUCUUACUUUUAUUAAAUGCAUGCUUGAUGAGUAGAUUUAGUUGUUUAUAAAUUCUGAGUAAUAUGUCAAGAUUUAUUAGUAUUCAUAAAUUGUACUCCAUAUA